CUCGUCUUGAGUAAUGGGUUUCUGGAGCUCUUGGGAAAGUAUUUGAUGUUACUUUAAGAUUAAAAAUAUUCGCUAAGCUCAUCUAGUUUGCGUAUUUGAAUGCACUAAUGUUCUUUUUUGUUUCAGAUUAUUCUGAAAUAUCUCUCACCUUUUCUUCACACUCAUAAUGCCUAAAAAGAAUCGACGUACAUUAUUGUGUGAAUCUUUUUUGAAAAAACGAUAUUCAAGUGAAACUUUAGGAAAUGAAAGUGAAGAUAGUACCUCUGAAGGAGGGGAAGAAAUGGAGACCGAAUUAAACAAUAUCAAUAUUGAAGAUAAAGAAAAGAUCGAUUUCGACAAGCCAAUAUUUCUGAAUGAUAUUGGUGAUAUCUUCCGUAAGUGACUCUGUUAAAUUAAGCACCUGGAAAGAUCACUUUCUUCUUCUUCUCUCAAAACUUCCAAUGGAAGUUCGGUAAAAGUCUUAAUCAUUUUUAAUUCUCUUUCAAAAUUUAGAAUUGUGUAAAGCGUCCUGUCCUCUCAAAUACUUAAGUGUAUUAGUCUAUACAACCUUACGGCAUGUUGGUCUAAACUGACAGCAAUGUGAUGAUAUUUUACGUCCAAUGGGUUCAUUAUUAAGUGAAACAUCACAAAAACACACCGAAGCCUUCCUUUUUGGUGAUUUCAAAGAUUUUACGAGUGAACACCGUGGUGGCAAACAUACUAGUGCAUUUUUUUGAUGAUUUUCCUGAAAUUGAAACUGAAGCUAAAGUUUAUACGCUUACCCGGUGUUCUGAUAAAGCAGCAAAUUUUAGUAUUAAUGAUUUAGCGAGAUUUAUCGAUGAGAAAUAUUAUGAAACAACUGGAACAACAAAACCAAAAGAUAGUGAAUUAAUUAGAUCGGAAGCUUCAGUUCGUCUGGAUUUACGACGUUGGGGAGCAACUUUUCGUGAGAAUGGAGCACGUCCAUACUGGGAGGGCCAUGAAAGAGCAGAUGUUGUCAAAAGUCGUGAAACAUUUAUAAAUUAUUUUUUGGAUAAUAAACAAAGUUAUUACACAGUCAAUGAUAACGAAAACUUACCCGGUUGGAUUAAACCUGAGAAAAAGCCAGGUCGAAUCCUUAUUUUCCAUGAUGAGUCGACAUUUCGUUCGGGAGAGAUAGCCAGCCGUCGUUGGUUUUAUGGAGAUCAGGCACCCUUUUACAGUAAAGGCCGCGGCCGUUCUAAUAUGGUAUCGGAUUUCGUCGUCCAGCAUCACUCUGGCCCCUAUUUCAAUUUAAGUGAAAAGGAAAUGAAACGAGCUGUGAAAAAGUAUCCUCAGCUGGCAGCAUCAACAGAUCUUGAUUAUGUUCCACGUACAGCCACGGCUUCUCUUCACGUAGGAUAUGAUUGUUACAUGGAUAACGAGGCCGUUCUUGAUCAGUGUGAGCGUAUCUUUCAGAUGAUUGAAUUCAAAGAAGCAUAUCGUGAUCACUCAGUGGAAUUCAUCUUUGACAAUGCUUGCACUCACACAAAAAAGUCUCACUCUUUAAGUGAUUUCAGUAAAAAUAUUGGCACUAAAUGUGCAAUCGAUCAAAUUCAGUGAGUGUUUUUAUAAGAAUUACUUCAGGACUUUUUAUUGUUUCUCAAAAGUUUUGAUUUCAAUUAAUUGCACCAAUCUUCUCCCCAUUCUAGGUAUAGAGAUUCAAAUGGAAAAGCACAAGUUUUAGAUUGUUUUUUCGUGAACGGACCAAAUCGUGGUUUAAGUAAAGGCUUGGCGGUGCUUGGAAAAGAGUUGAAUGUAAGAAAUACUGAUCGUCUGACAUUACCAGAAUUACGCUCUCAUCUUGCUGAUCAU